AUGUCUUGGAGUCAAUUCCCUCAAGUAUCAGGACCUGGAGAGGUGCCUGCCUCGGCCCUCAUCUACAUCAAGGAAGACGGAGAGUGGAAGUUGAACGCCAACCUGACCGCCCUGGCAUCCUGGAACAGUACAGACGUAUUUUGGGCAGUGGCUGAGCUGAGCGAGGAGAACAUUGCGAUUGCCUACAGCGUAAGUGACCCUUCUAGACUACCAGUCUACAGCUUCGUCUACACAGGGACGACGUGGACUUUGGUGAACCUAGUGGAGUUCCCUGCAGGCAUAGAAUGCCAGUUUGCUGCUACCGAUGAUGAUUGCAUAAAGCUCGGGGGAGAUCUGAUGGUUUUUCGAUCAGCUACCACCGCCCUGGGUGGUUUCGAAACCUUCCAGUGGCAAGGGACCAGUUGGUCCCUAGUACAGACCGCAAACAUCACGAACCCACCAGGAGUUGCGCCGUUUAGAUUCGCAGUCGAUGGGCAGCGCCUCGUUUUGACCACCGUGACUAUCGACGGCGGGAUAGUUCCCAUUGUUUACGUGUACGAGUGGACAGGCAGCUCGUGGAAUGGGCCUUCAGCCAAUUUCACUCCGCAAAAUGCCGCGGUCAUCGGGAACGUCGCUGUGGAGGGCAAUUACAUUCUGACGGUCUUGACUACGACCGAUGGAUCACUCACCACGCUGGCCUAUGUUCAUGAGUACAACGCCGGCUCAUGGGAGGAGGUCUAUAGCCAAGUGCUCGGCGAUCAGAACGAAACCACCAACGAGAUCCAGGAUGCAGAUAUCUCCAGCACUGGCAAGGCAGUAGCGGCCGUUGUCACCUCCGGUAACCAACGAAUCGUGAACUUCUUCGAGAAAGGCCUUGACAAUCUUUGGGGCCCAACACAAACAUUGGUCGCCAGCAACGUCCGGCCAGACGCUGCUGUGGGCAUCUCCGAGACAGCCGGUUUAGUGACUGGCUUUGAGGUUGAUGGGCCCAGCGCUUUUAACGUCACCGCUACCGGCCUGAUCCUUGGUUGCAAUACAACCGAAACAACGACGGCGAUACCUCCGUACGGGUAUUCGUACUAUUCACGGCAUUCUCGGCGCUUCCGACGUGCACGCUGCCCAAAGUGGUGUGCUGCAGUCCGUUGGUGGCACUGGAGAUGCCGGCACUGCGGGUUUUAG